GGUUUUUUGAAAGCAUCCUCUCUCUCCUCUCCAUCGACUCCCCCGACACCCAACCCCAACGGAAGCCGUAGAAAGAGAGGGGAAAAGCUUGCUCUUUUAUACCCUCAUCUAGGGUUCCGAGCCACCGCUUCUCCCCCGCUCUGCUUCGCGCCAUCUCUCCCGCCCGGCCGCCCCCCGCACAUCCGCUCUGCCUUCCGAUAGAUUCGCGUCCGCCCUCCUGACCCACGGAUUCGGUCCCCACCAAAUCGGUCGAUCUGGGGAUCUGCUAGAUUCGUUUGUGGUGGUGAUGAGGAUGUGCUUGUGCCGUUAGAUGGGGGCCAUGGCGAUGGUGGAGCAGGAGGGGUGCGUCGAGAACCGGCAGCCUCUGGCGGCGUCGAGCUCGUCGGUGUCGGACGGCAGCAGCUAUGGCGGCGGAGGGCUCGCUCAGAUGUCGCCGCCGGUGUCUAGCUCGGCGAAUUCCAUCUCCGGUCUUAGGCGGACAAGUGGGCCAAUAAGGAGAGCAAAGGGUGGCUGGACGCCAGAGGAGGAUGAGACAUUGAGGAAGGCAGUUGAGGUUUAUAAUGCUAGAAACUGGAAGAAGAUAGCUGAAUGCUUCCCAUACAGAACAGAGGUACAAUGUUUGCAUCGAUGGCAAAAGGUUCUUAAUCCUGAACUUAUCAAAGGUCCUUGGACUCCAGAGGAAGACGAUCAAAUCAUUAAUCUUGUAAAGGAGUAUGGACCAACAAAAUGGUCUGUGAUAGCAAAGGCACUACCUGGACGUAUAGGGAAGCAAUGCCGAGAGAGGUGGCACAAUCAUCUAAAUCCAGAUAUUAGGAAGGAUGCUUGGACUGCUGAGGAGGAAGUGGCACUCAUUAAUGCUCAUAAGAUGUACGGAAAUAAAUGGGCAGAAAUCGCAAAAGUUCUUCCUGGAAGGACUGACAAUUCUAUAAAGAAUCAUUGGAACAGUUCUCUCAGAAAGAAGCUAGAUAUCUACAAUACCAGCAAUAAUGUGGCAGUUACGAAACUGCCAGUUCAUGAUAAGUUCAAGGAUAAACCAAAACUGGUGGCUAUGGAGGGCCAUCUUGAUUUGAACAAGGCGCCCAAUAUUAAUUUGAAAGACCAACAUGGAACAGCUCGUCGGUCUAAUUGCUCCGGAUUCCUCUCUGUUUCCACAUUGCCAACUGCUCAGCCACUAACUUCACAUGAAGCAUCUUUAGUUGAUUGUUCUGCUGUUACUUUGGUGGCACAAGCUCUAGAAAGUGAUUCUGUCCGUGACAAAUGUGUGGAAAUUGAUUCUAUUCAUGAGAAAGGUCUUGAGGUUAAUUCGGUACCUGAUCCUACAGGGAACUCUGGGACCAUUCAGUUAGAAGCUGCACCUGCCAAAGCUGAACCAGAAUUAUCUUUGAAGAAUGGGGCAUGCUCUACCCUUGGUCCGCUUUGUUACCAGAUCCCUAACAUAGAAGAUGUAGCCCCUGCUAGUUCUUCGCUCUUUUCUGACUGUCUUACGGCGAACCAUACAUCUGAACAUUGCGGGGAUGGGAUAUCAUCACCCAUUGGCUGCAUUACUCCCUCUCCAACAAAGGGAAAAGUAUCAAGCCAGCUGAGUGUUGAUUCAAUAUUGAAAAGUGCUGCCAACAGUUUUCCAGACACUCCCUCCAUAUUAAGAAGAAGAAAGCGGGAUAAAUCAACACCUGUUUCAGCUAGUGAGGUGAAGAUCAGUGGAGUAAGCACUGAUAACUUUUACACUCCCACGGGUAUGGAACCUGCUACAGCUACGCCAGAGUCAUUUAAAACUUCAUCCUUUAUGUCAGUGGGGUCCCUUGAUGGAUUAUCAACUUCUGUAAGGAGCUUUGAUGUUUCACCUCAAUACCGGGCAAGGUCAAAAAGAAUGGCUGUCAUGAAAGCAGUUGAGAAACAACUGGAUUUUUCAUCAUAUGGAGUAGAUACUUGUGGUUCUGAGAUUCUGAACUCUCCUUGCCAGUAUUCCCAAAGCACACUUUCUAUCACUAAAGCCCCGAAAAUGAAAGAAAAAGAACUUGGUGAACAUGUUGUUCAAUUGGAAAAUUUAACCAAUAAUUUUGCGCACACGACAAAUUUGGAUGUAACCUAAUCUUGGAAGGUGCAGGAACUGACAUCGAUCUGAUGAAGUAGGACAGAUGAGCUGAAGUGUCUUUCUGAGCUGAUGAGUUUUUUUUCUCAAAGUAUAUCACGAUUAAACCACAACAAAAUGGAACGCAACUAGUGGAGAAGAAUUCCAGAAUCGAAACUUUGUACUGAAUACAGGAGGGCCACCAAUCAUUCUCCCAUCUCUUCUAACCAAGGUGUACAAAAGACGAGCGACACUCUGUAGAAGAAUACAUUGCUCGCUGCGGUUUGUGAAUUUACAGUUAGAAAAUUCAGAUUGUAGAAUCCACAGGCGUGUACAAAACAAAAACAUAGUUUUAGAACGUCAUUAUAGCUGAAUAAGAGUCACCUCACCUCAUUGGAUUGUCACGUUUAUUCUUGUUUGUGCGCCUCCUUUGUCACGAAACAGCAAGGGUCUCUUUGUAACAAUAAAUACAGCCUGUUUUUGCAAAAA